CCCUAAUGAAACAAACACACGACGCAGAAAAAACAAACCAAGCUUAUCCCCUAAAACCCUAAAAUUUCUCACUCCCCUCGACUAGGGUUUUGCGCUCAUCACCUUCAAAUCUCAUUCUAUUCUCAAAUUCGAUCGCCAAUCCAACGGCUUUAUCAGCGAUGGACUCCCAAAUACGCCUCAACUUCAGUAAUUUCCUGGGCCAAAACUACGAACUUGCACUAAACCAAUCGAUUCAAACCCUCUUAGAUUCACUUCAUGAACCCAACUUCGAUUCCUCUGUUUUUGCCUCAAUUUUUCUCGAACUACUGCAAUCUAGGAUAGACCCACCGCUUGAAACCAUCUGGGUUUACUCAGCUUUGACCUUUCUCAAUCUUAGUUCACAAAAAGAGCGGUCUUUUGAUCGACUUGCAGUUACAAAAGAGUUGUUUCAGUUGAUUUCUUCUUGUUCUGUUUCCUCUAGUUCUUCAAAAAGUAUUGCGUUAAUGGCUCCGGUUUUAUGUAAUUUGUAUAGUGUUAUUAUUGAUUUGAAGGAAAAAGAUAUGGGUUUUAAGGCCGAGAGAAAAGCUAUGAGAAAGAUCAAGGCUUUGGUUGAUGUGAUUCUUGGGUAUAUUAAUGUGUGUUGUGAGGGUUUAAGAGGUGAUGGUGAUUCGGACAAGUUACAAAUGGGUUCAGAUAAUAUGACAAUGCCUUUGGAGGAUUUGGUUAGUGUUUGGAUUGGGGAUAGGUUGGUGGAAAAGGGGGUGGAGGGUUUGAGUGUGUUUUUCCCGCUUUUGACUGUUGACAUUGUUGAAUGGUUGCAUAAUGGAGAAUGCGGAAUCAGUGAGCUAGCUGGGGUUGUGAUUUUGGAGGCUUUUUUGCUGAAAUUGUGGCUGGGAAUUUGCGAGGGGGAUAUGAAAAUGGACUUGAAGAAUGAAUUGAGGACUUGGGCUGUUGGUUCCGUUACUGGUUUUCAAAACAUCCACUUCUUCGAGACCCUGGUGAGGAUGCUGCUGGACCCAACUUUGCCGGUAACCUGCCUAUUGAAUUUGGAAGAUGAGGUUUUUAUGAGAGAAGUUCUGUAUGAUGCCGUGAUAUUGGUGGAGUAUGCUUUCCUUAAUCCUUACAUUGUGGAUCAUUUAUCUGCCAAGACCAUAAGAAGGCUUGCUAUUGCAAGAUUGAUGGUUACCCAUGAAGCCAUAGAGUUAUUUAGGAAACAGGGGCAUCAGACAAAAGCUCUCUCUUACACAACUGCGUUCUCUGGUUCUCACUUGCAUUCCCAACUAAUGAAAUGGGUCACAAGUGAGAUUGGGAUGGAGAGCAAAGACAGUGGACCAAAUGGAUCUUCUCCCAAGGCCUUUUUAAAGUGGUUGGUUCGCCUAGAGAACAAAGGGAUAAGAUUACUUGAUGGCAGCUUGUCAAAACAUCGUGCCCAAUUAGUACUUGACAAUUCAAAAGAAGACUACGGGCAAUCAGCAUAUAAAACAGAUGGGAAUAAAGCGGAUGCUGAUCUCCUCUUUUACAUAGAUAACAAAGGGGAAGAAAAAGAUGGGAACGAGGAAGAUGAAAAGACUUAUUCCAUGAAUGCUGCAUUUGUUGCUGCUGCCCACACAAUACAGUUGACAGAAGAUGGUGGAGAAAGAAAACGAAAAGAUGGGAGGAGGCUUGAAAAGAAAAAAAAGGUUAAGUUUCUGAAGUAUAACCUUUCUGACGAUUCUGUUCCAUCAGCAAAUAAGGCUACCUAUGUUAGCAAAGAUGGUUCAAACAGUGAGAUCGAGGUAGAGAAUCCACCAACUGAUGAAGAUGCGGAAUAAGGGCCUUUAAUUGAAAGCGACAGUGCUCACAGACGCAAUUGUAGACAGUAUGUUUGUAAUGGUUUCAUUUAUAUAAGUUCUUGAAAAAAAUUUCAACGAGUAACGUUAUUUGUUGAUGUUGUGGCGCAAUUUAUGAUACUGCUGAUGAUGCCCAGAAAAUUCAUGCUAGAUUGUUG